AUGUGGCGCGUGCUGGCGCGGCGCGUGGCCCAGCAGUGCGCGGCCCCGCUGCGGCCCUGGGGGGCGAGCGCCGCGGGGCCGCGCCGGGGCCGCGCCUGGCGGUGUGGCAGCGGCGGCGGGGGGCUGGUAGGCCUGACGCCGCUGCGGGAGGGGGCGGCGCGGAGGAGCCCCCCGGCCCAGGCCCAGCCCGCCCGCCGAUGGUGCAGCCACCCGCCCCACCAGAAGGUGCCUUUGCCUGCCCUCUCCCCGACCAUGCAGAUGGGGACCAUCGCCCGCUGGGAGAAGAAAGAAGGCGAUAAGAUCAACGAGGGGGACCUGAUAGCCGAGGUGGAGACGGACAAAGCGACAGUGGGUUUUGAGAGCAUGGAAGAGUGCUACCUGGCCAAGAUCCUGGUAGCGGAAGGAACACGGGAUGUUCCCAUCGGAGCCGUCAUAUGCAUCACGGUGGACAAGCCAGAACUUGUUGAUGCCUUCAAGAACUACGCCUUGGAUCCUGCGGCCCCUGCAGCCUCAGUGCCUCCCCCUCCAGCAGCAGCAGCUCCCCCCUCUCCGCCGCCAGCUCAGCCUCCUACUCAGGCCCCAGGCAGCUCUUACCCUCCUCACUUGCAGAUUGCUCUCCCCGCCCUCUCACCCACCAUGACGAUGGGCACCGUUCAGAGGUGGGAGAAGAAGGUUGGUGAGAAGCUGAGUGAAGGAGACUUGUUGGCAGAAAUUGAGACUGACAAAGCGACGAUAGGCUUCGAAGUGCAAGAAGAAGGUUACUUGGCUAAAAUCUUGGUGGCAGAAGGCACAAGGGACGUACCUUUAGGAACUCCGCUCUGUAUCAUCGUGGAGAAGGAGUCGGACAUUCCAGCAUUCGCAGACUACAGGGAUGCCGGAGUGGCUGAUGUCAAGCCCCCAGCCCCUGUUUUGCCACCGAGCCCUAUGGCAGCUCCUCUACCACCAAUGCCCCCGUCUGGAGCCCCCGCUUCAGCUAAAAUUAGCACACCUAAAGGAAGGAUUGUAGUCAGCCCCCUGGCAAAGAAGCUGGCAGCAGAGAAAAGAGUUGAUCUUUCGCAAGUGAAAGGGACGGGUCCAGAUGGGCGGAUAACAAAGAAAGACAUCGAAUCGUUUGUGCCAUCCAAGAUUGCCCCGGCCCCCCGGGCACCUGAAGCAGCUCCUUUGGCUCCACCGGCAGCUGCCGCAGCCCUUCCCACAGGCGCCUUCACAGAUAUUCCGAUCAGCAAUAUUCGCAAGGUUAUCGCUCAGCGCUUGAUGCAGUCCAAGCAAACGAUACCUCAUUACUACCUCUCCGUUGAUGUAGACAUGGGAGAAAUACUGGUGCUAAGAAAAGAGCUCAACCAGGAGACGCCGGAGAACGUUAAACUCUCUGUCAAUGACUUCAUUAUUAAGGCUUCGGCGCUGGCUUGUCUGAAGGUGCCUGAAGCGAAUUCCUCUUGGCUGGACACGGUCAUUAGGCAGAAUCAUGUGGUUGACGUCAACGUCGCAGUCAGUACCCCAGCAGGUCUCAUAACUCCAAUCGUGUUUAACGCUCACAUAAAGGGGCUGGCGUCCAUUAACCGAGAUGUUGUCACGCUAGCUGCCAAAGCUCGCGAAGGCAAGCUACAGCCGCAUGAAUUUCAGGGCGGAACAUUCACGGUCUCAAAUUUAGGAAUGUAUGGCAUCAAGAACUUCUCUGCCAUAAUCAAUCCACCACAGGCUUGCAUUUUAGCAGUUGGUGGUUCCGAGAAACGGCUGGUGCCGGCAGAUAAUGAAAAGGGGUUUGACGUGGCCAGCAUGAUGUCCGUGACCCUGAGCUGUGACCACCGCGUUGUGGACGGGGCUGUCGGAGCCCAGUGGCUCGCCGAGUUCAAGAAGUUCCUGGAGAAGCCCACCACCAUGUUGCUAUAAUCCUCCCCCCAAGCCGUCAGGACUGAUUUGGCCACAUCACUUCACCCUAAAGAAGCUAUUUAUAUACCUAGUGUUUAGACUUUUAAACAAAUGUUCCUUUCUUUAUUUUUUAAACAAAUAUAUAUAUAUAAAUAUACAUACAGUUGCUGGUAAUUUUUAUUGCCAGCUGUACAGAUUACUAGUUUGCAAAGCACUUUCCAGAAGUGUCUACAACUAUGCUGUAUUUUGUACGGCGAAUGAAUUUGCAAACUUUCCCCCUCUUAAAAAAUCCCAGCUGUGUAGAAUCAUGUGAGGAGCUUGUGCUUCUUUCUGAUCAAGGGAACAAAGGCCAGCCCAGUCCAGCAAUCCGAAGGCCCCUUCUGAGUUCCCCAAAGCAAGCAAGCUGGAUUGCAAAAGCUUUAAAAGAAAAAGGAGAGAA